AUAAAGUUAUAAUAUUAUAUUAUGUAGUUUUUAUGUAUCGCCUCGCGUUCGUAAUAAAAAUUCGAAAACGAUCAAUUUUCAUUAUGUCAUUGUGAGAAUUUUCAACGAACAAUGAGGAAAGAAUGAAGUUCUGUGUUUCGGUUUUAUUUUUUAUCGUUUGCUCCGUUUUUGCGCAUAUCGAUGAAACGAAUCGAAUAAAGCGCGACGCCGCUGGAGCGCUACACAUAGUGACCAAUCAUGCACAACCGAUACACGCUGAUGUCAAAUCUGAAGCGCCCACUGAGAUUACUGAGAAAACUGGUGAACAGCCGUGCAGUAAAGGUCCUGAUCAUAUUGAGCCUGGAGUAGGAUUUUUGGUAACUUCGCCUGAAGAUACAGUAACAACGUAUGAAGUAAAAUCUUUAAGAAAAUCUCUGACUCUCACGCCUCCGACAACCCUAACACUAAUACGCAGCGUCAGUAGGGUUGUCACUCUCCUAGUACUGUUUGUGUCCGCCAUCUUGGAAUUUUAUCCCACGUUCAGUAAAUUGGUUUGUACAAUUUUUAGCUUUAUGAAUACGAAAUAAAGGUUUAGAUUUUA